UUUCACAAUUUUAAAGAAGUACAUAUUCGCUAAUUAUGCAACAUAUUGAUGCUAUACAGCAGUAUUGAUGGCAAUACUGUUGUAUAUUGAAACAAGACUAAAGAGUAAAAGUUUGCUAAAUGGUUGCAAAUAGUCCUCUAGUUGAUUAAAACUAGGACACUGUUUAAUUUCUUAUAUAAAGUCUAUAGUAAUGAAAUUUGACUUAAAGGAUAUUUAAAUAUGCCAUAUUACAAUAGCUGUACAAAUCUAUUUAAGUGGGUUUUGUAACUAUAUUGUUUUGUUUUAGAAGUUUUUGAUAUUGUAAGCAUUGUCACUAAUGUGUUUAUUAUACACAAAUGAAUAAUGUAUAAAGAAAAAAAACGACAAAAAAAAUGUCAUGAAAAAAUGACAACUGCAAAAAUUGACCAUGAAAUUCAUUCUAAUAAGCUUAAGAGUAACAAAAAGAUGAAGUAUACAGAUGAAGAGAAAAAAAGAAAAAAUGCUAAGUCAUUGAAUAAUACUGCUAUAACAACCAAAAGACUAACGGUUGGAGUUAUGGGAAUUUUUGGAAAUGCAAAAAAUUCAAGCUCAGUUUAUAGAGAUUUGAUGAAAAGAAUUAAUAAAAAAAAGCUUUCAAGUUCUACUUCUUCAGAAAUCAAAGAAAGUUUAGCACGUAUAAUACAGAAUUGCAAAUUAAUAAAUUCCCCUUCAAAUUCAACACCAAUUGGCUUUGUAACUCCAGGCAAUGAUUCCACAAAGCACUCAAGAUGUGAGAUUUCUAGAGUUAGUAGCUCAACUAGUAGUUGUGAUGAUGUUUCUGAACAUUCUCCUGCCAUACCUAAAACGCCAUACGUUAAUAUUGCAGAAAGAAUGCAAUCAUCUUUACCACAAAUGAAAAUAUUUAAAGACUGGGAUUACUUGAAAGAUAUUAAAGAUCAACUUCAGAAAAUUCACAACACAAAAUAUCCAAUGGAUUUAGCACCUAAAUUUCAUUUAAAAGAUAAUUCUGAUGUCUCUCCAACAAAGAUAACUUUUAUAAAAAAUCAGGAUGCACAAGAAAAUAAAAAAAUACAUUCAUUACAUUCAAGGCAACUUGCAGACAUCACUAAUAUAGAAAGGAAUAAUCUAUCUAACACUUUACACAAAACAUGUGAUAAUGAAAGACAUCAGGCCGAUGGUUUUACUAAAAAAAAAGCUAAUAUAAUAGAAAUUUUGGUUCCUGAGUCCAAACAUUUUGAACGGAGUGGUAAAGUAAGUUGUAUUCCAUUGCUUCGCUCAUAUCCAGCAGAUGAUCAAUCUUUAGCAAAAUCUAGCGUUCGAUGUUAUCAUCAAGAUUUUUUUUUAAGUAAAAAUGACGAUAUACUUUUAAAUGAGAAAUCUGCAUUUCAUCUCCAACCAAAUACAUUGUUAAACAAUCAAUGUCUAUAUAAUUUACGCUGUUCAGAUAUGAUGGUUGGUAAAAAUAAGCAUAUAGACAAUCGAAAUCAACCACAAAACUCAGCAUUACAGAUACUUAAUCAACCCAUAAAUUCUCUGCGCAGAAACCGACGACCAACAAAUCAAACUUUAGAAUUAGCACACUCAAAUGAAGAAGUGGCAGAUAUACUCGAUUAUAUUGAUAGUAUUCCAAUUAAAGUUCUUGAAUCUGAACUUCUUGGUAGAAACGAAAACGUGACUUCCUCAUUGUUUGAUACGGAGUUGGUAAAACCUUCAUUAGAAAGUCCUUCUCCUCCAAAAUAUUACCGCAUGAGCAUGUUUUAGUGUGCAGUGUGACCAUAUUUGUAACAUCCAGUUAUUUUAAAAGAUUUUAAUUGAUUACAAAGACUACUGUGGCAAUUUGGAUAUGCUUUAGAAUGUUAAAUUUUGUCCUGCUUGUUACGUAAACAUUUUUAUGUUUUGCAUAUUUAUAGGGUUUUCAAGUUCAUUGAAUAACAUACGAUGUUUUGGCUAUUUCAUAAUAAACAAGCUAAUGUUUUGCGACUUAUAUUAAAGUGUUUUUUAAAAUUUUGUUGUAUUUUAUUUUCAU